GCAAUUUUGAAACCUUCUAAGUGUUUCAUAUGUCUCUUUUUUACCUUUACUGCAUUAAAUAAUAAUGUCAUAAUAAAAAUCAAUGUGCAUAAUUAUAAAUAUUUAUAGUUAAAUUUCUGUAGCUUGAAACACGCUAGGUUCAACGUUUCCCAGUGUACGAUCCUAGAUGGAAAGUGAAAAAUACACUGCCGAAGUCGCUGGUAGCAGCCGCGAUGACAACUGGCGUCGGAGAUGCGGCUGUCUCAAAACCAGUGAGAAGUUAAAAAAGAUACUGGAGAUUUUCCCUUCGGCACCACCACCCACACCCGAGGAAGAUGCAUCGUUUAUGCCACUAAAACACACGUGCAUAUCGGCGUACUGUAGCCAAGUUCAUCAUCCGCCGUUUAGCCAAUUUGAGGAAUCACCUCGACCGAGAUUGAAAUCUUUGGAAAGCGAUACAAAAUUAAGAAAGGAUACAUGCAAAACUGUGCGAGUGUUAAGGGAAUUGGUGCAACUAUUGCAGUUGUCUGUGACGACUACGGCGUUGGCUAUAUAUUACCUCAUAUAUUGUUAUAUGCAACUUAUAUAUUAUACUCUGUGGAGCGCUAUUUACUUCCACAAUGCGGAUGGGCCUAUGAAACUAACAAUUGGCCUAAUUGCGAUCACAUCUAUAGUGCUAUUUAUAAAUUUAAUAUACAAGUUGGAGAAAUUUAUCGGAACUGGAAUGAUGGAUUGACUAAAACUCUGGAGUAAUAUUGCUGAAGACCUGAUAACACGAUUGGAUUUUGAGAAUAAAUCUAUAGCACAAAGUU